UCUGAUUGGCUGGACGCAGCUCUUGUCUUUUGAUAAAGGAUCCUUAUUCGGGGCGAAGGCAGACAUGGAGGAGCUGAGCGCCGUGGGGGAGCAGGUUUUUGAUGCGGAAUGCAUUUUGAACAAACGCCUGAGAAAGGGAAAGUUGGAGUUUCUGGUGAAGUGGAGGGGAUGGUCAUCCAAACACAACAGUUGGGAGCCUCAGGAAAACAUCCUCGACCCAAGACUGUUGGCUGCAUUCAACAAGAAAGAGCAAGAAAAGGAGCUUCUGCUGCGUAAGAGAGGGAAAAGGCCUAGAGGACGACCACGGAAAAUCCUAGAAAAUGUGCCUGAAGCUCCAAAGUCAAGCAGCUCUUCAUCCGGCUCAUCGUCGUCGUCCUCCGAUUCCUCGUCCUCGUGCUCUUCCUCUUCGUCCUCGUCGGACGACGACGACGACCACGACGUCAAUCAGGCAAGCCCGAGCAUCAGGACCCGGGACCUGCACCCCGUCCCUCAGAAGAAGGCUCAGAUCGUCAUGGCCAAGCAGGAGCCCCCAAAGAAACGAAGCAGGAAAUCUCUGACGCCCGAAGUGAAGGAAUUUCAGCAGAACAAGGGCCCUCGCAAAAUCCUGAAGGCGACCAAAGAUGCGGAUCUUCCAGGAGCCAUUAAGAAACCCGUCCACCCAGCGAGCUUCACCUUCAUGGGUUUCCACCGGGGCUCGCCCAGGGAUGCGGCGGGCGGUCAGAACAGGAGCUCUCUGACUCAGAGCGGCGCCGUGAAAAACUCCGUGAGCUCCGUGGGAUCAGGCAGGUCAGUCCCACCUUCUUCCCCCUCCCUGAACAAAUCCAGCCAGAGCAGAAAUGUCAGCGAGGGUAAACUCUCCAUCUCCAGCAUGAGCAGUGGGACAAGUCUGGAUUUGAAAGCAGCUGCUAGUAAAUCAAAAGGGGUAGCGGCGCUGAAUUUGAAUACAUCCAAACACCCCAUUGAAGGAACCACUCAGCACACACUAAGCUCCCCCAACGGACAAAAGAAGCCCCAGGCCCCUGUGUCAACAGUGCAGCGGACAGCCAAUCCCAAAUCAGUGGCUUCCCUGCCAUCUAAGAACACCUCCUCCAAUCAAAGCCUUCAACCCUUAAACCUUCAGAACAAACUGCUGCAAAACAACGACGCUCCUGGAAAUGGCGCGUCGCCGGGAUCAGGCCAGAGAAACGCAACAAACCCACCAAGAAAAACCACCGUCACGCAAAAUCAGGAGUCUAAUCCUCCUAAGAGCCCGGCGACCCCCGGAAGACCACAGGCCAGAAAAAUCCAGCCUGGAGCUGACAAGGUCAGAGAGGUGAAUGAAAUCCAGGCCUCCAGAGUCCAGGGCAGGCUGGAGAAGAGCAGCGUUCAUAAAUCCUCCACAGAGGUCCAGAGCCAGCAGGAGAGAUCGGCCUCCAAAGACGGCAAGAAAGCCAAAAUGAACGACAUGAGCACGGGCGAAGACGAGAGCAGCUCAGACUCCGACCAGGAUUCCUCCUACGCCGCGCAGGGCCGCUCCAUAACGGUCCAGAACCAGGACUGGAAGCCCACGCGGAGCCUGAUCGAACACGUGUUUGUCACCGACGUCACCGCUAAUCUAGUGACGGUCACGGUCAAGGAGUCGCCCACCAGCGUGGGCUUCUUCAGCAUUCGCAACUACUGACGGGAUUCAACAACUCAACGAUGCAAGAAUCAUUUUUAGGUAUUAUAAAAAGAAAAAAAAAAAGAGAGAGUAUGGAAAGUCGGUUAAUGAUUGUAAUUAUUUAUUUGCGGCAUUUCGGUGUCGCCUGAUAGUCUCAAACAUACAAAUCUUUCAGCGAGUCCAAAACUGCAUUGUUGUCGUCGAGGAUAAAUAACUUAUUCUUCACAUCCACCCUUCAAGCGUCAAGAUAAAACUCCAACACCCGUGGAAAUUGCUACAUCUGUACAAAACGAUAACAUUCCUAUAUCGUAUCGCCCUUUCUCUGCUGAGAUUAUCUCUUAUCACUGAACACAGCAGAUGGAAGGAAUGUCUCAAUUAAGAAAUCGUAGCAUGAGCAAGAGGGCUAGCUUCUUUUAUGGAUAGCAGACGUUUAGCUCAUAAUAACCUAUUUUGUGAAUCCAUAUCAAUCAAUAGCUCCAGUGAACCAGUUUUAAACUCUUAGUAGUGUUGAGUCUAUAGUAUUUUUAUAAUGUUUUAUAAAUUAGCUACCUCUGUUUGUUUCUUUCGGGAUAGGAAAGCCUUUCCCUCCAGGGUAUAUAAACCAUCAUUGUGUCUAUAUAUAUAUUUUUUUUUUAUAUAUAUACAUAGCUCUAAAUGUAUUGGACUUUCACGCUGUUUGAACAUGUGUUUGUACCAGCGGCCGACAACUGGAGCAGCAGACAACGGCUUCAUUUCUGCGUACUGAACUCUUCCACCAUUAUCGCCUCAGUUUCAUUCCACAGCGCAGCCACUUUAUCGGAGCGGUUCCCCCAAACGGGGCUGAAGCAUGCGGGAGUCAGAUACAGUAUCUUCGGUAGAUAAAGACUCAGCCCCGGCUGAGGUUUGCUCCUCCGCCUUCGCAUCAGCUCUGUCCUUCAACGAGACAUUCAGCUGCAACUUCAGCCUCCUCAGACUUGUCGCGGAUCACGGACACCUGACAAGGCUUUUCGCUCACUCCGCCCCCACCUUCUCUUGAGCCUUUUUAGACAGCUGCUUUGAGAAAAAGGGAAGGUUGGGUGUGGACAAAAAGCAUUGUUUGUCACUGGUUUUUGGUGUUUCAAAAAUGUCUAGCGCUGAAAUCCCAGCAGCUGUGGGCGUCUCGUUUCUCCCCACAUGCAUGGGUGCAGGAGCUGCAGACUUGGCCUCCCAGUGAAAAAAAAAAGAAAAGAGAAAAAAAAAAGGUUUAUCUGAUGUAACAGAAAAGAAACCGCAACAAUGCGCGCUACUUUCUGCUCCCUCGAGAGGAGUUCAGCAACAAAGCACUUCGACUGAACUCUUCUGUCUAAUCCUGCUCUGCAGACUGUGCCUUUCUUUCCCUCAAAGACUAAACACAGAGGCAUUACCCCAAAGAUAGCUAGAAUUUCAGGUUGCUCAGUUAAAGGAGAAACCCCUGGAGCCUGGCAUGGAGACGUUUUGAUUUUCUCGUCUGCAUUGUUUUUGGAACAGAGGAGGAAAAAAAGCCUUAUCACAAAUGUAUGGAUCAGAUAAACAAUAGAAGCCUUAUUGAAACAAUAAGAGUAGUUUAGGUCCAAGCCACUGACGUAGGUUCCACUCCGCAUCAGCUCGUUGCGUAUGUUACAGGUGUCUCCUUGUCAGCAGAGCUCCAGCACACUGUACAUGUCUUUCAAAGUAAAAGUAAUAAAUGUAAAGAUUACUCUUGCGAUUGGCUAUGGGGUAAUGCAGGUGUUUAUAUGAUUUUUGUUUGGUUUUUUUUGUAUCUGCUUUUCUAUUAAGAAAAGAAAGAACUUGGCAAAACAGGUUUCCAGUUAGAUCUACUAACCAUCUCAGUGGAAUGUCGUUCUCUUUCUCAGACUAUUUAUUUCAAAUUAAAAGCCUUACCAGAAUAGGACAGUGUCAUCAAUCCUUGUAUUGUCGCCACUUGUCAGAUCGACUAAUAAAUGGUACAACUUUA